UGCUUAGGUCCCAGAUCGUCACCAUGAAGCUGAUACUUCUGUACCUGGCUGUGGUGCUCUGCAUCGUUGGCAAAGGUGCAGCACGACGUCCCACUACGACUAGAACACCCAGUACUUCAGAAAAAGCAUCCCAUGUUCCAGAAGCGACUCCCACAUACUCAGAAGCAAAUGAGGUUGCUGGUGAAGCGACUAUGUGGGGCAAGGACAAGUACAAAGCUCUCAAUGGCCGCAUCUUCUCCUUCAACUCUGAGUGCACAUUCACUUUCUGCCGCGAUUGUGCUGAGCCUGGAGGAGACUUCAACAUUGAGAUCAAAAAGCAUGAGAAUGGUGAUAUUGAAGAAAUCAAAGCUCUGAUCGAUGAUGUUGGGAUCUUGGUUGUGCAUAAUAGUAUUUCUGUCAAUGAAGAAAGGGUACAGGUACCAUUCAGCAAUAAGAUGAUUCAUAUUAAGAAGCAAGGCAACCACUAUUCUCUCAAAACCCGCAGAAGAAUCUUGUCUCUAAAGUGGGACAAGGACAAACUCUCACUCAUUCUUUAUAGCCACUAUACAACCUGUGGUCUUUGCGGCAAUUUCGACAGCGUUCCAGGUGAGGAUAUUAAUGAGCAUAUUGCCAGUAGUAAGAUCUCCAAUGACUGCCCCAGCCCUUUGAGCAGGAGCAAUGAAGUCUGCGAGGAUGGAGUCCAGUACUGUGACAAAAUUAUUGAAACGUACUUUGAGAAAUGUUCGAAGGUUUCUCCUUUAUCCCGUGAGUACAAAAACGUGUGUGCUGAUGAGUACUGUCGAAAAGGAGGAGGCAAGCAGACUACGUGUGACACCUACUCGGAACUGGCCCGCCUGUGUGCCUAUGAUGGUCCUGGUGACUAUGAACACUGGCGAGAUGACUCUGCUGUGGCCUGUGCAAAGGAACAAUGUCCAGGCAAGCACAUCUACAAAGAAUGUGGACCUUCAAAUCCUCCAACGUGCUCCAAUGUGGCUCCCUUUCAAGACAGUGAAUGUGUGAGUGGCUGCACCUGUCCAGAAGGUUACCUAUUGGAUGACAUUGGAGAGAAAGGAAAGUGUGUAUUAAAGGAAAAAUGUCCCUGUGAAUCUAAUGGAAAAGUGUACAAGCCAGGAAAAGUCCGCGAAGGCCCCUGUGGCUCUCGGUGCACAUGCCAAGAUGCUAAGUGGUCUUGCACUGAAGCUCGAUGUCCUGGGAGAUGUAAAGUAGAAGGGAGCUCCUUUACCACUUUUGAUGACAAUAAAUUUAGCCAUCCUGGAGACUGCCACUUCUUGGCUGUUCAUAAUGAUGAAAUUUCUAUUAGCGUGGAGAUCCACCCAUGCGGGAAUGGUCAGACAGGAUCGUGUUUAACUAGUGUUAUGGUUCUCCAGAAUUCUUCUUCUUCAAGUAACAGAUAUGUGUUCAACCGUGAUGGGACAGUCACAAAGGAUGGAGUUAUAAUUAAAGGUUAUUACUAUUCAGAUGAUGUGCAGAUCUUCAAUUCAUCCUCUUCGUACAUGCAAGCAGAGAUACUUUCACACAUAAAACUGCAAUUACAAAUGGCCCCUAGGAUGCAGUUGUAUGUGUCCUUGGCUCCUAACACAUCCACGGACACUGUAGGUCUUUGUGGUUCCUUCAACAAUAAGGCAGAAGAUGAUUUCAUGUCAAGUCAGAACAUUUUGGAGAGCACGGCUCAGGCAUUUGCUAACUCCUGGGAGAUGAUGCCUUGCUCUGAGGGAAGCCCCUCUUCCUGUGUCAGCAUUGAAACAGAGAAGUUUGCUGAAAGUAAUUGUGAGAUUCUUCUCAGUUCAAGUGGGCCUUUUGCUGCCUGUCAUCAGACUGUGAACCCCAAAUUCUAUCAUGAGGAAUGCAAAAAAUAUACGUGCUCUUGUGAAAAUGGUCAGGAUUGCCUGUGUACAGUCUUGGGGAACUAUGUGAAGGCGUGUGCUGAGAAGGAAAUAUACCUUGUGGGCUGGAGAGACGGACUGUGUGAGGUGUCUUGUCCAAGUGGUCUUGUCUUCAACUACAAAGUAAAAACCUGCAACAGUUCUUGCCGAUCACUGUCGGCACGAGACCGAAGCUGUGAUAUAGAAGACAUUCCUGUUGACGGAUGUACUUGCCCUGAUGGAAAGUACCAGAAUAAUGAAGGGAACUGUGUUCAGAAAUCUGAGUGUGACUGCUAUGUUAAUGAUGAGAUCGUGCAACCUGGCAAAUCCAUUCUUAUUGAUGACAAUAAGUGUGUCUGUCAGGAUGGAGUGCUUCAUUGCCAAACUCCCCUUGAUUUAACCCUACAAAACUGUUCCAGAGGGGCUGAAUACAUAGAUUGCAAAGAUCCCAAGGCACAGAGAAGGACAGAAAGGACAUGUGCUACCCGGAACAUACCUGAUUUUGAGGGUGACUUGCCUUGCAAACGUGGGUGCUACUGUCCUGUAGGAAUGGUCCGUAACUCUAAAGGGAUAUGUAUACAUCCUGAUGACUGUCCCUGCUCUUUUGGUGACAGAGAAUAUGAACAGGGAAGUGUUACUUCUGUUGGCUGCAAUGAGUGUACUUGCAUAAAAGGGUCUUGGAACUGUACCCAGAAUGAGUGUCAAUCAACUUGCCAUGUCUAUGGAGAAGGACAUUUCAGAACUUUUGAUGGAGAAAGUUACAGCUUCGAUGGGCUCUGCCAGUAUACAUUCCUUGAGGAUUACUGUGGCCAAGAAAAUGGCACAUUCCGUAUUUUAAUCGAGAGUGUCCCCUGCUGUGAAAACGGGCUUACUUGCUCCAGAAAAGUCAUCGUGACAUUCCAGGAUCAGAACAUCAUCUUACAAGAUGGCAAAGUGACAGCAGUUCAAACUGCGGAGAGUACAGAUUGCAGGGAGCGUAGUGGGAACUUGUACUCGAUCCACACGGUUGGCCUGUACCUGAUUGUGAAGUUUCUGAACGGAAUUAUCCUGAUCUGGGACAAAUACACAAAAGUAUCGGUUAUCCUGGACCCAAGUUGGCAGAACAAAGUGUGUGGUCUUUGUGGAAACAACAAUGGUGACCUUAAGGAUGACUUCACAACAAGGCACUCUUCGGUAGCUGCCGGAGCACUGGAAUUUGCCAACAGCUGGAAAACAUCUCAGGAAUGUUCAGACACAGUAACUCAAAGCUUCCCGUGUGACUCGAACCCAUACUGCAAAGCUUGGGCUGAGAAGAGAUGUGAGAUCCUUAGGGAUGACACCUUCAGGGACUGCCAUAGCAAGGUGGACCCCACGACCUACUACGAUGCAUGUAUUGAAGAAGCCUGUUCAUGUGACAUGGAGGGGAAGUACCUUGGGUUAUGUACUGCUGUGGCAAUGUAUGCAGAGGCAUGCAAUGCAGCUGGGGUCUGUGUCUCGUGGAGAAAGCCAAACUUCUGCCCUGUGUACUGCGACUACUACAAUGCCCCCGGGGAAUGCAGCUGGCACUACGAACCGUGCGGUACAGUGACGGCCAAAACGUGCAAAGAUCAGGUCAUUGGCCAGAAGUUUUCUUCAGUUUUAGAAGGCUGUUAUGCUAAGUGUCCAGAAAAUGCACCCUAUCUGGACGAGAACACUAUGAAGUGUGUCCAGUUAUCAGAGUGUAGCUGCUUCUACAACGAUGUCAUACCAGCAGGGGGCGCUGUUGUGGAUGAUUGUGGAAGAACAUGCUCCUGUUCUGCCGGCGAGUUGGAGUGCAGUGAAACUCCUCCAAAUUCAACAACAACAACAACAACAACAACAGCAACAACAACAGCAGGAUCAGUAGAAACAUCAGUGCCUGCUACAACCUCAUCCAAUGAAGCACAAGAACACAGCACAUUUGCACCUUCUAAUGAAACCUCAGCUAUCACCUCCACAGCUGUGUAUCCAAGACCCACAACAAGACUAAGCCCUGCUUCAAACCCAGAUCCUGGUGCUUUUGUAGCUGAAAGACCUGGAAACACUCCAAGCACAGGUGUAAGCACCACCUCUGCUAGUUCCACAUCUGCAAGAGCGGCCGCCACCUCCCCAGGAGGGUCAUCUGGGUCCUCUGCUCCUUUGAGUUCCACCUCUGGGAGACCUGCACCCACCACCAGCACCAGCACCACCACCAGCACUGCCACCACCAGCACCAGCACGGCCACCACCAGCACCACCACCAGCUCCACCACAGUAGGUUCUGCUGGGUCCUCUGCUCCCACUGCCUCGUCCACAGCUGCCGGGAGUGGCCUGAGGGAAGCCGCUAAUGCCACCACAGCACCUGUCUCCACAUCUGGACAGCCUGGCGCCUCAACAGGAUCUUCUGGGACCUCAUCCAGUGCGUCCUCUACUGCUGCCCCAGCAGGNACCACCACAGCAGCCUCUAAGGAGACCUCAGCUCCCGCCUCCACAGCUGGGUCUACCAGCUCUGCCACCACCGCGGUAGCCCCUGCUUCAAGCUCAGCUUCGGCUACCACACCAGCUGAGACAGCUGGCAGCACCCCAGGCCCAGCUGCUCUAAGCACCACCUCUGCUAGUUCCACAUCUGCAAGAGCGGCCACCACCUCCCCAGGAGGGUCAUCUGGGUCCUCUGCUCCUUUGACUGCUGCAAUCACCACCUCUGCUAUUUCCGUAAUGUCCGUUUCUCUCUCAUCUUCCAUUUCCACAUCUGGACAUCCAGUUUCUUCAACAGAUUCUGUCGCAUUCAUCUCAAGUCCUUCACUCAUUAAAACAGGAGGGACGACUGGAACCACAGCCAAAUCAAAUGGAACAACAGGAAGAACCACCAGUGCACCAGCUUCUACCUCGGUAGCACCUGGAGUCACAACCAGCCCCAACAUAUCCCAGCCAGUGUGUCCAGACUCACUCCCACCAACCCCAGUGUGUCAUGGUCCACUGGGAGAAGAGAAAUCUCCUGGGGACGUAUGGAUAUCAAAUUGCCAUCAGUGUACCUGUACUGAAGAACAGGUUGUAGAUUGCAAACCUAAAGAGUGUCCUUCUCCACCCACGUGCAAACAUGGAGAGAAACUAAGGAAGUUUAAAUCGAAUGAUUCCUGCUGUGAGAUUGGCCACUGUGAACCAAGAACAUGUUUAUUUAACAAUACUGAUUAUGCGAUUGGUUCAUCCUUUGAUGACCCAAGCAACCCAUGCCUCUCCUACACCUGCAACCCCACAGGCUUGGUGGCCGUGGUUCAGGACUGCCCAAAGCAAACAUGGUGUGCAGAAGAAGAGAGAAUCUACGAUUCAAAUAAAUGUUGCUACAAAUGUAAGAAUGACUGCAGGACUACCCCUGUGAACGUGACCGUUAAGUACAACGGUUGCAGGAAGAGGGUCGAGAUGGCAAGAUGCGUAGGAGAGUGCAAAAGGACCGUCAAGUACAAUUAUGAGACCUUUCAAUUGGAGAAUUCCUGCUCUUGCUGCCGUGAGGAAAACUAUGAGUUCAGGGACAUUACACUUGACUGUUCUGACGGCAGAACCAUCCCUUACAGAUACAGGCACACUACCACCUGCUCUUGUCGGGACCAGUGUGAACAGUCUAAAGCCAGUUAA